ACAUAUAUUAUAGUUACAAUUAAACUAAGACCUUUGAGGAUAAGUAAGACAUCUAAAGAUAAGGCGAUGAAGGACGUUGCUUUGUCUGUGAGUUUUUUAGCUGGAUUUCUUCUCAAGUUUUCAUUAUGUGCAGUUGAAAUACCGGACACUAAAAUAGUAAAAUUACCGGACACUAAAAUAGUUAAAUUACCGGACACUAAAAUAGUGCAUCAAACGAUAAAAGAUUCUUUUGCCUGUCGUAAAAACAAUCCAGCUUUAUCUGUCUCUAUUGUGAAGAAUGGAAAGAUUGUGUAUGCUGAUGGGUUUGGUGUGAACUCUUUGAAAACCAAGGAACCAGUAACAAAUACCACACUUUUUGGAAUAGCAUCAUUGACGAAGGGGUUUACUAGUGCACUCUUGGCAAAACUUACUGACCAGAAUAGAAACUACAGUUUGAAUAGCCGAGUAGCAGAGUUUUAUAAAAACUACCCGGUCUUUGAUGGAUAUCUUAGGUCUAAAUUCGCUACCAUCAGGGACCUUCUGUCACACAGAAUGGGGAUACCAAUGCAUAAUUUUAUACGAUUUGAUAGUACAUUGAAUAGGAAGAAUUUAAUCAGACGUCUGAUGGAGCUAAAACCAAGAGGAAGAUUCAGAGACAGUUUCUACUACAGUAAUAUUAUGUAUGGACAGGCUGCAAGACUUGCUGAAAAAAUUGGCAAAGCAACAUUUGAAAAUUUAAUACAGAACCAUUUCUUUCAAAAACUGGGAAUGACAGAUUCCGACUUUUUUACCACUGCAAAUGAAAGUUUAAUUGACCUAGCCCAAGGUUACCUCGAUGUCUAUGGAGAGCUACAUCCGGUCCCUUUUGAAUUGUCAAGGAGAUGGAGCGACUUAUGUGGUGCGAACUGUAUUCUUAGCAGCGCAGUAGACAUGGCAAAGUGGAUGAUGUUUCAAUUGAGUCAUGGAAAGAAUCAAGAUGGCCGCCGAGUAAUGUCAGAAGAUGCACUAGAAGAUACUCAUAGACCAGAGAAUGUGUUAGCCAAGUCUUCAUUGUCUAAAUAUUAUACGAAACCAAAUGUACCAGAAACAUUUAGUCAAACUGGAUAUGCUUUAGGAUGGAGAACAGGACAUUAUAGAGGUUACAAUAUAAUAACACAUACUGGUUCAUCAUGGGGUUACAAGAAUAUGAUAACUCUCUUUCCCGAUAUGAAUGUCGGAAUAUAUACUGCCAUGACAGGUGACGACGAAGACUUCCUGUACCGGUACAGUUUACACCAGUAUCUAGCAGAUAUGUAUUUGGGUGUUACUCCAUGGUUGAAUACCACAUCAAUAUGCUCCUUCCCAGAGCCAUGGCUACCGGUCAAACCAAAGAGAAGUAAACCAACUAUAAACAAGAAUUUAAUGCCAAAGAGAAAAUUAGAUGAUUAUUUAGGAAUUUAUGAAAACCCGGCAUACGGGAAAAUUGAUGUGUUUAUACUUGAUGAAGCAAACAAUAAAAAUAAACUAAUCGCUGAAUAUGGCUAUACUGAUCUUAUCCUAUAUCCAAAAUCUAGUGAAGAUGAAUUUUUCUUUGAAACUGAUGGAAUUGCUGCAAUGCUGAUAAACUUUGGCACUAUACAAUUUAAAUCUACGAAUGGAAUUAUUGAUAAAAUGAGAAUUCCAAGCUUUGAACCUAAAGAUCCGCCUAUAUUUAAAAGAAUAGAUAAACCAAGUACAAAAUCACCGGUUGACCCGACAGAGCCGGAGACGGUUGUUCCGAAAGACCCACUUGUCCCAUCAGAUACAGUGAUGACCAAAAUUCCACCAAAAUCUACAGGGCAAGAAAAGACAAUACUCAAGAGCAAAACUGGCGUAUCUAAAGGUCAGAAAACAAACAAAGAAAUAACAAAAGCAGAUCCUGACCUUAUAAAUACUGAAACUAGAAAAACAAGAGUAGAAAACGUACCAGAUAAUCUGUCUGAAAACCAACCUGACUUGCCUAAUACCGAAACACUUGUGGCUUCAAAAUCUAGAUCAACGGAUCAAGGAACCGAAACAGGUGUUAAAAAUGUUAAUUCGGAUCUUCCAAAACCUGACCAAUCAGGGCUAGCGAAGAAGGUUGCAAAGAGUACUGAAAAGGUGGAAAGUAAAAUUCCAGUGAAAAGUGAAAGUUCCGUGGAUAGUAGCAAAGUUCCUCUUAAAACGGUGACAACAAAGGAAACUGUUCAAACAAGCACGAAAAAAUCCAGACGUCAGAGGCAAACACCACCACCAUCAAAUAUACAAAAGAAAGAAGAAACGGUCACAAAUCCUCCGUCAUCAAAUAUACUAAAGAAAGCAGAAACGGUCACAAAUCCUCCGUCGUCAAAUAUACAAAAGAAAGAAGAAACGGUCACAAUUCCUUCGCCAUCAAAUAUACAAAAUAAAGCAGAAACGGUCACAGAACCUCCGCAAUCAAAUAAACAAAAGAAAGAAGAAACGGUCACAGAACCUCCGCAAUCAAAUAAAGAAAAGAAAACAGAAACGGUCACUAAUCCCCCGCCAUCAAAUAUACAAAAGAAAGCAGAAACGGUCUUAAAACCAAAACCAAUAGUUGCAGAUCAAGGACCUUCAACGACUGCUUAAAUACCUCUGCAUGAGUAUAACAAUAAAAUGUGAAAUGAAAUAGUGGCAGACAUUAAAGGACCAUAUUGAUGGAGAGUUGUCUCAAUAACAAGCCAAUGACUUUGAGAUGAAGAACAGCAAUAAAAGUGCUGUUCCUUUG